AUGCCCUCUCCCAACGAGAACGCCGCCGCCUCAGACCUGGGCAUCUUCGUGAUGCUGAUGGCUACAUUCUUCGUCAUGGCCUUCGCGGCUCGUGGCAUCGCUCGCCGGGCACUGUUCCCCCCAGUGCACCGAUUCCUCUUGCGCUGGCAGCAAGCGCAGCAACGACAGCAACAGCAGCAGCAACUGCAAGAGCUGGAUCGCCAGCGGCGCCUCCACGCCCACCUCGAGGAGGUCCGCUACAACGAAGAGGUCGCCAGAGUCCGCGAUCUCAUCAUUCGGCAGCUACAAGAAGAUCCGGAGUAUCGGGAAUGGGUAGAACAGCUCGAGAGCUAUGCAGCCACGCGCCAACAGGGGCCCAGGGAGCAGCAGCCGUUCCAGCCUGCGCCUGGUUCGCUGCUGUACGAGUCCGACAACGAAGACCCCGAGGUCAUUCGUGGGGACAACAUGGCAGGACUGGACAGGCGGUAG